CCCAAAUCAUAUAAAUAUCAAACUUGUCUUCAAUCAAAAAAAUAAUAUUCAAUCAGCGUUUUCUUUCAAAUACACACAACACACUAUUUGUACACGCUUAAAGACAGCUUUGCUAAUGUACAAUAUCCAUGUAAGUAAUAGAGACCCAUGCAUGCAUGACAGCAUAUUUCCACUUCACAAGUAACUACGUAGGAAGCUCACUUCACCUGAAACCAAACAAGCCAUCCACAAAUUCUAUUCCCUCAUUUAUUGUCUUCUUUAUUUCUCUAUAUAUACAAUUUCACUUAACCACUGACUCUAUAACUCAAAACUUCUAAACUAAUUCGCACAGUUCUAUAUACACUCACAAACACACACACACACAAUAUAGUGCUACUAAAAUAACCUUGUAUUAAUUAUGGAAAACACUUACGUUGGCCAACGAGAUUACCGCUUCAACGUUAACCAGUUGUCCUACAGAGGCAUUCGUCGGAGGAAAUGGGGCAAAUGGGUAUCGGAGAUCCGAGAACCCGGUAAGAAAACAAGGAUUUGGCUUGGAAGCUACGAGACGGCCGAGAUGGCUGCAGCGGCCUACGAUGCUGCGGCUCUUCACCUCCGAGGACGUGGGACCAAUCUCAACUUUCCGGAACUCGUCGACAGUUUUCCUCGGCCGGAAAGCUCUAGUUCGGAGCACAUUCAAGCGGCUGCACAAGAUGCAGCACUUAUGUUUAAACCAGGUAGGUUGAGUGAACCAGCUCUCGAGUCUGGUCAAGGACUUUCUCGAGUAGGAUUGUCUCCGGAUCAGAUUCAAGCGAUUAAUGAGUCUCCAUUAGACUCGCCGAGGAUGGGGUGGAUGCAGGAUUUGGAAGUUGCUGACUACGAAGAAUUAUACGGACAAUUUUUUGGUCAGCACGAUAGGGAUGAGUUUUUUGAAAUGCAGCAAUUUCAGUCCAUAUGGAAUUCUAAUAAUUGAUAUACGUUCGCUUAAUUGCUUAACCAUUUGAUUUUUUUUUUAAUAAUGUCAUAUCAUCAACCAAGGUUUUUCGAUUAUAUUCAGUAAAGUAUAAUAAAUUUUCGACCCUUACUGUUUUUCUUGGGUUCAAUUUGUAAUCUCUUAACAAUGAUGAUGUCAUAAAUACCAAUAUGAUUAAUUCAAAUUUUCAAUAUAUAUGUAAUGUUUUGGUU